AUGUAUAAGGAAAACGUUCCCGUGGACGCGUACAAGCCUCCGGAGAUAUCACAAGAUACGAAUAUCAACGAGAGAGUCGCCGCUCUAGAGAAUUGGGCGGUAAAUGUAGACAAUCGUUUGAGAUACUUCGAUAAGAAAAUAGCCAAAAUCGACAAUUUAGAAACCCAAAUAGAGGAGUACUCGGUUAAACAUUUACAACGAAAUCUCAUAAGGAUUCUCAACGAUGACGUCAACAGCGACGCCAUAGCCGAAAAACUGAAACGUCACUUCGAUAGAAACUACGUCUCGAACGAACAGAUUUCACUAAUCAGUCAGGAAAUACACGAAAGAUUAUUAAACUCCUGGCAGACGGAGAUGAAUGAGGAUAAAAUACGGCUAAUAGUCCAGGAAUACUUGUAUGAUGUUGAGAAGAAACAAAUGGAAGUUAUAGUGGCGAAGAUCAGGGAGUACGUAAGAGAAGUGGAGUCGGGGCAAAUUAUGAAGUCGAGUAAUAUAGACCUGGAGGAAGUCAAGAAUAUGGUGAUGGGCAUGUUACAGGUGUAUGACGCUGAUAGGACCGGCAAGGUGGACUACGCUCUGGAAUCAGCAGGUGGUCAAAUCCUAUCUACGAAGUGUACAGAACUGUAUCAGAUCAAGACUAAGCAGUACUCUAUCCUGGGUGUCCCUGUGUGGUGGGUGCACACUUCACCAAGACAUGCUCUGACACCCGGCGCUAUGCCCGCGGAGUGUUGGGCCUUCCAAGGAUUCCCCGGAUAUUUGGUGAUCCGUACAUACGCCGUGAUCGAGGUGACUGGCUUCACUUUGGAACAUAUGUCGAGGUUGCUGGCUGUUGAGGGGAAAAUAGAAUCCGCACCAAAGAACUUCUCCGUAUAUGGUCUUCACAACGAAAUGGAUGCCGAACCACAUCUAUUCGGUGACUACAUGUACGACGCUAACGGCACCUCCAUACAAUACUUCCCAGUGAAAUAUCCAAAAACAACCGACAUAGGCGGCGUCGAGUAUCCAGUGGCUUACGACAUUAUAGAAUUAAGAAUCGAAAGCAACCACGGCAACCCGACUUACACUUGUGUUUAUAGAUUUAGAGUUCACGGCAACCCAUUGACGAACAUUAGACAAGCUGACAACAUAUAG